AUGGCGGCAAAAGCUGUGGAAAAACUCGUCCGUGAACUCGUCUGUGCCGUUUGCAUGAACACUUUAAAGAACCCCAAAUCUCUCUCAUGCAGGCAUACUUUCUGCGAAGAAUGUUUGAAGCAGUGCGAUGAGGCAUCACAAGGCCGUUCAGGCGGUAUCAGAUGCCCUAUGUGCAGAGAGGUGACUACUCUUCCAAGAGUAGGUGUGGCAGGUCUCAAGUCCAAUCCGCUGAUUUACCGGGUUCUCGAAGUCCUUGAGGCAAAGAAAAACUCGACCCAAAUAAUAUGUGACGCUUGUGGGGACAGCGAAUCACCCCUGACAACCUACUGCCGAGACUGUCUCCAUUUCAUCUGUGACUCAUGCGCUUCUUCCCAUUCUAAAAUGAAACUCUUGAUGAAAGAUCACCGUACAGUUCCCCUGGACAAGAUUGAGAACGGGACUAUCAAAAUCAAGUGGAUGGAAGAGGGCUUGUGGAGAAAGGCGCACGAGUGCGAAGAGCAUGGCGGUGAACUGCGGAGAUUCUACUGCAGGACCUGCAAGAAACGUAUCUGCAGGGACUGUAUAGUUCUCGACCAUACCAAACCUGACCAUGACUGCACCACAGUGCAGAAGAUGUUUCAGGAAACAAAGGAGAAGUUACAAGAUCGUUUGAAAACCUGCGAGGAAAAGGAGGAACAUGUGAGCACAAUAUUAAAUGAUGUGGAUGCACGAGAAACAGGAGCAAACCAGAAGUUUCAUAAGAUGAAAAAAAGUAUUCGGGACCAGAAGUCAAAGGCUGUUGACAAUUUGGAUAAAGCAGAGGAAGAACUUUUGCAGAAGGUUGACGUGUUGGAGGAAAAGCUUAACGUCAAACUACAAGCUUUCAGAGACAAUAUGAACACAACAAAAGAAAAUCUCACGAGGGCACAAUCAAAGGCUAAAGAGGUUGUUUCAGCCAAAGAGGUUACUGACAUAUCUAGAGGUCCCUUCUUACCUGAAGAUGUUCUCAAAGAACUCGAAGAAUUGAUCGCGUCAGAUGUCACUAUGACAAUUUCUGUGGAUCUCGUGGCUUUGAAAUCUACCAUGAUAGAAGGAUCGAAGAUGCCAGAGCAAAUGGCGCGCUUUGCCAAGCUGUCGUUGUCGCGUACAUUGUGA